AAUCCAAACAAAACCUUAAGCUACUAUACCUCAAAAAUAAACUCAAUCCUUUAAGCAUUUCCAUGGCAGAAAAGCUAGCUUUACCACUCCUCCUCUCAAACCCACCUCCUUCAAAACCCCAAUUCUCAAUCCAAACCCAUAAUCUUCAACCACCCACCUCACCAAUUAUCCAAAACAUACUCACUAACCACCAACCAAACCAACCCAUCAACCCAAACGGUUCAAUUACCCCAUCUUCCAGACCAAGAACAAGAAUUGGCAAAGCCCGUGACCCGAACCGUGGAAAACCAUGGUCAAGCCACCGUCUUUCAACUCAAGGUCAGCUUGUUCUUGAUUCUUUAAUCGACCCAUGUUUUCAAAUUAGUGAAUUAAACAAAGUUUUGAGUCAGUUAUUUCAGUUUCAUAGUGAACAAUUGAGUUUAGAUAAUGGAAAUUUAAAUUCUUUAUCAUUGGAUAUUUUGGGGAUUAUUAAGGGUUUAGGGUUUUAUAAAAAAUGUGAGUUGGCAAUUAGCGUGUUUAAUUGGGUUAGGUCAAGAGAUGAUUUUCACACAGUUUUGAAUUGUUCUGUUGUGGCUGUAAUGGUAACUAUGCUUGGUAAAGAAGGGAAAUUAUCAGUGGCUGGUUCUUUGUUAAGUAGUCUCCGUAACGACGGGUUUGAUCUAGAUGUUUACGCGUAUACUUCGUUGAUAACUGCUUAUGCUAGUAACGGAAGGUAUAGGGAUGCUGUUGUUGUGUUUAAGAAGAUGGAGGAAGAGGGUUCGAAGCCAACUUUGAUAACUUAUAAUGUGAUUUUGAAUGUUUAUGGUAAAAUGGGUAUGCCUUGGAGUAAGAUUUCGGGUCUUGUCGAUGGGAUGAAGAGUUCGGGGGUUGCACCUGAUGACUAUACUUAUAAUACUUUAAUAAGUUGUUGCCGACGUGGGUCUUUGUAUGAAGAAGCUGCUCGGGUUUUUGAGGAGAUGAAAAUGUCGGGGUUUUCGCCGGAUAAGGUUACGUAUAAUGCAUUGUUGGAUGUUUACGGGAAGUCUAGGCGGCCUAAAGAAGCUAUGGAGGUAUUAAAGGAAAUGGAGAGUAAUGGAUUUUCUCCGAGUAUUGUGACGUAUAAUUCAUCGAUAUCAGCUUAUGCUAGAGAUGGUCUAUUGAAGGAAGCUAUGGAGCUUAAAAUGCAAAUGGUGGAAAAUGGGAUUAAACCCGAUGUUUUUACGUAUACGACCCUCUUAUCCGGAUUUGAGAAGGCUGGGAUGGAUGAGCCUGCCAUGAGAAUUUUCGAGGAAAUGAGAGCUGCAGGUUGCAAACCAAAUAUUUGUACUUUCAAUGCUUUAAUUAAGAUGCAUGGUAACAGGGGAAAUUUUCCUGAAAUGAUGAAGGUUUUUGAAGAAAUUGAAAUUUGUAAUUGUACGCCAGAUAUUGUUACAUGGAAUACCCUUCUGGCUGUUUUUGGGCAAAAUGGGAUGGACUCCGAAGUUUCUGGAGUGUUCAGAGAGAUGAAGAGGGCCGGGUUUAUGCCCGAGAGGGACACUUUCAAUACACUAAUUAGUGCAUAUAGCCGAUGUGGUUCUUUCGAACAAGCCAUGGCUGUAUAUAGAAGAAUGAUGGAAGCUGGAAUUACUCCGGAUCUUUCUUCAUACAAUGCUGUUUUGGCAGCAUUGGCUCGAGGAGGACUUUGGGAACAAUCGGAGAAGGUAUUUUCGGAAAUGAAGGACGGUAGGUGUAGGUGUAAGCCUAACGAGCUUACUUAUUGUUCUUUGCUUCAUGCGUACGCAAAUGGCAAGGAGAUCGAGCGAAUGCAUGCUCUUGCAGAAGAGAUAUAUGCUGGCAUAAUUGAACCUGUUCCUGUUCUCUUGAAAACGCUAGUCUUAGUAAAUAGUAAAUGCGACCUACUACUGGAAACUGAACGGGCGUUCAUCGAGUUAAAUAAGAAAGGUGAACCUGACUUGAGCACUCUCAAUACCAUGAUUGCAAUAUACGGCAGGAGGCAAAUGGUUGCUAAAGCAAAUGAGAUCUUGAACUUCAUGAACGAGCGAGGGUUCAGCCCAAGCGUAGCGACUUACAAUAGUCUCAUGUAUAUGUACAGUCGCUCAGAAAAUUUCGAGAGAUCGGAAGAAGUUCUAAAGGAAAUUCUUGCGAAAGGAUUAAAACCCGACAUAAUCUCUUACAACACUGUUAUAUUUGCAUAUUGUCGAAACGGCCGAAUGAAAGACGCGUCACGGAUAUUCUCCGAUAUGAAAGACAACGGGAUAGUUCCCGAUGUCAUUACAUAUAACACAUUUGUUGCAACUUAUGCAGCUGAUUCGCUGUUUGAAGAGGCCAUCGAUGUUGUUAAAUACAUGAUGAAGAACGGCUGCAAGCGGAACCAGAAUACGUAUAACUCGAUCGUCGAUGGUUACUGUAAGCAUAAUCGUCGAGCUGAUGCAAUCACGUUUGUUAGCAGCAUUAAUGAGCUCGAUCCACAUGUUUCGAAGGAGGAAGAGUCAAGAUUAUCUGAUAGAAUAGCAAAGAAAUGGUACUAAAUCUGAUCAAUCCCUUUCUUAAAAUGUAAUGACAGUGUUGCUGCCAUGUUUUUUGCUCAUCAGUGUAUAUAUAUGUAUGUUUUUUCACCCCAUUUUUGGCCCAUUUUCUUGUUGAAGGGCAUGAAGAUGAACUUGAUGUAGAAUAAUGCACACAUAUACUAUAGUAUUAUAAUUGAGAGUUAAAUCA